CUGAGCAGACGGUUUGAGUGGCAGAGUUUGAGCUUGAGUGAAAGUGAGGGAGUGAGCUAGACGGAGUGGAUGUCAUGGAUGGCAGCAACGGAGCAAGUGCAGAGGACCCUACCUACCAAAACCUGCUGCUCCUGGGAGCCAUCGCAGCAGCGUCUGCCUUUGUGGUCACCAUUCUUAUUGUCCUUGUCUGCGUUGGUUGCCAAAGAAAAAGCAAGAGCAAGCACCCCUCAGCUGGAGAGAAAGGGACAUCUGUAAAUAUGCAGGGUACGCUGCGGCAUCCGAAACUGAACUCCAUGAGUAAAUCUGACACCAGGCUGCAUGAGAUCAAUCGCUUUCCCUGCAAUGGAAACUCUGUUAGUAAGAGUCGUCCAGCCAGCAUGGACCUCCUGCUCCUCCACAGUCGGCGCUCCCAGACAGACCUGAGGCCCUCCCAUGCACGCCAGCUCCCCCAGAUCCCCACCAGUCCCCAGGGAUCCAGCCAAGGGGUAGGAGGGGAAACAGGAGGAGAUGGAGGAGGAGGAGGAGGAGGAGGAGGAGGAGUGGGUGGAGGAGGUGGAGGAGGAGGGGGGGAGGCCAGAGACCACACCUACACCGAGGUGGGCCUGCGCAAUAACCCCACUCCCACCCACUACCUGGACGACGGUCUGUACGAAAGUGUAGGCGUCCGGGAAGGAGACGCAGGCCCCAAGGUUCCCUCUGCCCCACCGAGCACAUCAACCAACACUCCUGCUAAAGUCAGAGCAGCUCAGAGCCCCCCAGCUCACACCAAUGGAGCUCGUAAUGGAAAUGGAAAUGGAAGAGGGAAUGGCAGGGGGAACGGCAACAUUAAUGGACCUAUGGCAGGGAGAGGCAACGGGGCGAGCGGGGCUAACAGGUCCCCUAUGUCUUCUGUCAAUUCCCUGGUCAUUCAAGAUCCAUCUGCUGCCGAGUACGCUUCCAUACGGAAGUUCAGAAAGGUUGACAAGAUUAACAGGAAGGAAAAUAACGGGGCCGACAGCCAGUCAGACAGCCAAUCGAGCGUGAGUGAUUCACCGUCUGCCGCUCCUCCUCCGCUACAUCGCAGUCAGGAGUUUCCACGCAAACCACUGGAACCGUUUCACCUGCAUUCCUUCCCAAAGGAAGCAGUGUUCAUCGGCAACGGGGAGCAAUACAUCUGGAAGCCUCCAGAGGAUGAUGACAUCAUCACCUUGCACCCACCUCCACACCGUGGCGAGAACGGACAGGGACACCCAUCGCCUCCAACUGCAAAGGAGAUUGCAGACACCUACUCCAUUGUGUGUAAAACCCAGAAAAAGAAACCUCCGAUGGAACACAACGGGGCAAAGACCCUCCCACGCUCCUUUGGUGGGGAUCGAGGAAACAUGGGUUCUCGGGGCCGAGGCAGAGGCGUCCAGGGCCAGGCACGUUCCCAGGAGGAGCCCUGCUAUGAGCCGGUAGGAGACAGGUCCUGGUCCACCCCAGUGGCUGAGUCAGACCCAGCAUACGCUAGUAUUGACACCCACCGGAAACGUGAGCAAGGGGGAACCAAUAACAGCACAACUGGGGGGAAUGCGACUCUGAAGAGAAAGAAGCAGACGCCACAGCAGCCGACGCAGCAGGCAGCACCAGCGGCACCUCAAGGCUCAGGACCCUCUGCCCCUCCUGCUCGAAACCUGCCUGGUGGGGAAAACUUCUAUGAGACCAUCAGCGAUGUGAAACAAGGGGCCAACAGCUCCAGCACUACCACCAUCUUCACCUUCAAUGAUGGGAUGGAGAUGUAUGUCACUGGCCUGUAGCUGGCUGACAGGCAGAAAAGGGCCCAGAAAUCACUGGUACCAAGUCCAGGGAUCUUCCUGUUCACCGGUCAACAGGUUGCUGUACAUAGACACAAGGCCCUCUAUAGUCAAAAAACAUGAGGAUCCAUUUUGUGUUGACAUCAGGUACAAACAGGGUCUUAAUCCAGGUUCAGACUUCCCUUGAUUGGUCUGUACUUCAGAACCAGCCUAAGCCUAGUCCAGCCCAAAUAUGGAGCAAAUACAUUUUAACAAAAAAAAGGAAAAAAAAAAUACAACUGGAAUAUACAUCUUCAAUCUACUGUGUCACUGGCCAUACUCACUUGUUUGUGCAUCAUUUUCCAUGAUAUCUUUAUUUUUAUAUGAACACUGUACUCUUUGAAGAGUAUGUGGUGUAAUUCACAACCUGAGAAAAAAAAACACACUUUAAUAUAUAUGAAAAAAGAAAUGUGCAUGCAUUGUGCAAACACACAUGAAAAUAUACAGUAGUAGCAAUCAAAUUAGCUAUAUAAGGAGUACGAGGCACACUGUUAGGUAUUGUCACCAAUGUACACUCACUCACACACACAUAUGCCUCAUCCUUGGGGUGGGGGGGACUUGUGUAAUAUAAGCAUAUGGAUGUCACAGAGAUUUGCGGUGCUUAGCUCUCCCUAAGCAAACAUCUGAAACAGGUUCUCAGCUCGCACUGACCUAUUGCCUGGCAGACAGCUUUGUGGUGCUUUGUUUAAACAUAGGCCUAUAAUUUGUAGGUCUGCUUAAACACAGACGUAAGUGAAGGCUAUUGUCUUUAUCCCACAAAUUUUCAUCAAUGCGCCCUAAGCUUACAAGCUCUUAUCAGUAACAGCCCUCAAGAUAACUAUAAAAGCGCAAUUUUGCUCACUAACCUUCGCUUAAAUUAAGGGAUUCGUUCAAAAUUCACACUCAGAUUUGACAAACGUGUAGCCAGAGGCAUGUUGACACACCCCAACUCACCCCCACACAGAUAGACGCAUAUUUGGUGGAGUCAUUCAGGGUGAAAUGAUCAGGUCAUGGUCAUUCUGUGGCUUGUGCAAGAAUUUCCCCAGAGCGAUAUGGGUGACAGAUUUCCCAACGUGAGACCUUUACUGUAUUAUAAGAUGAAGAAGUGAAGGAUAUUUUCAAAAAAUAAGGAAGUGAAAGAGUAUCCAAAAUAACACAGGAUACUUCAUCAGUUUGUAUGUCAUGUCUUCUGGGCAUUGUAAACAUCUGAUUUUAUGACCAUAGUAAUUUUGCACUGGACAGCUGCGGGACCGCUGGGCUUAAUUGUGCAUUAAUGUGCUGUAAAGGGAGCAUCUGAGUGCAGUUAUGAUUCGCCAGAGCUCCCCAUAGCUCAGUAGACUUAAGUCUGGUGGUUGAAAUAGCAACAGAAGGCUUGGACUCCAAGGAAAAUAAAGAGCUGGGCAUAAAAAUUACCAGUGAGUGUCCUUUGGAAGGUUGCCCUCUCCCUCUCCCCACCCUUGUCUCCAGCCUCUGUACUGAGUUCUCUUCCAUUAAAAACAAUGUCUUUCCCAUGUGGCUUUGGGGAACAUUAGAAAAAGAAUAGAAGGAGAAAACAAAACAUUUGAGACUUAAUAAAUGGGCAUAAAGAUGAGAGGAGGGGAAGAGGGAUACAAACUGCUCAAAAGCUGAGAGAGGAAGGAUGCAUUCGAAUGAUCUCACUGUGAGACAACCAUGCAAAGAGAAGACGGGUUUAGAAAGUUAGUAAGAUAAAUUUAAAAAUGCUACUGUGUCAUAAAGUAUGUAAAAACAAAUGCACUCUGUAUUUUAAUGCACUGUUUACUUUUUCUUACCAACUGAUAAUACCAUUGGUUUAAUAGCUCAUACCACUGCCAUGGAAAUGUUUAUGUUGUCGGUGCAAUUUUUCCUGCUUGAUCAAAAAAAAAGUGCAUGCUUUGAUAUAUGGAGAUGAAAACAAAUAUUGUGGUACUUAAUUGAACUCUUGUUUGUUACUCUUUUUUCUGUUGUACUUUAUGCCAUGUGAUGCAAAGCAGCAGUUAGUUAUUUUUUCUUUUUCUUUUUUUUUUUUCUUUUUCCAAAGCAACAACUUGUAGGAAUCAAAGGAGAGAACCAGAGAGGAGCCGCUGGGAGUUUAGGGGCAGAGCGUUGUUUAUAAUCUUGCUCUGGGAGGGAGCAAGAGUGAUUGAGUUGGGGUGGGGGUGCACAGCGAGCUAUAAAGCUGGAUAGGAAUCACUGCGAACGGACACAGACCCAAAGGACCCUCCUCCUCCUCCUCCUGCUUUGCACACACAGACAGGCACACACACACAUACACUGGGGAGCACAUUUUGCCUCCACUUGUUCAGCCCAUGCAUAGACUCCCUCCCCCAACUGUGUUCAUCCACCAAUAGCCAACACAGACCUCUCUUUUCUUUGCUUCACCUUUCUCCCUCACUGUGCAGGGGAGGGGCCUUUGAUGUCCAGUUCUGAGGGACUCAGGGAGUGAUAUGGGGGUUGAGGAGGGGUGGGCAGUGGCUGUGGGUCAGGCCAACCCCAGUCCUGAUAUCAACAAUGCACCAACGGCUCAACUACUGUCUGAUAUGAGAAAUGGCCAACAGCUGAGGCGCUUAGCAAGCCCUGGUGAGGCUUCCCAUAAACAAUGCCGGCUGGAAAUCACAAUCACACUUUUUUCUCUGGCUGUCACCUAAUGUGUCACAUUUUCUUUAUCCUGAGAGAAAGCACUGAUCUGAUAUAUUUUGUCGAACACUGUUACACACCGAUCGAGACAGAUGUUCAUUGCACAAAUACAGUAUGAUGAUGUAAAUGUGUAAAAUACUCUGUUGCUGUUCCGAUGUUGUUCCAAUGUAACAUACAGUAUACAGUAUAUUUGUUGAAAAAAAAGAAAAAGAACAAAAGAUGGUUAUCACAGACACGUUGUACUUGUGGAUGCAAAAAUGUUUCAUGCUUUCCAUGCAGAUACAGAUGCUGUUUGUUAAUUGUCUUCAGAUAUAAUUAUGGGCCAAUACUGCUGUGACAGCUGUAGCCAAUGUUGUAUGUUCUUAAAGCACAGGGUUUAGUUUAAAAAUAAUGAAUAUAAUAAAAAUAUAGUGUGACAGUGCAGAUAUGCAAAAGAUUGUAAUGUUUUAUAUUAACCUUCAUAAAAUAUUAAAAGUGAGUUUUUACUUUUCUAAUAAAGUGGCACAUUAUAACAUG